AUGGGGUUUAAUAUUGCUAUGGCGUGUGAUUAUUUUUAUCCACAAUUGGGUGGGAUAGAAUUUCAUAUCUACCACUUAGCUCAAAAUUUAAUUAAACUAGGACAUAAUGUGAUUAUUAUUACGCAUCAAUAUGGUGAUAGAACAGGUGUACGACAUCUAUCAAAUGGGCUGAAAGUUUAUCACAUACCAUUGUUUGUACUAUACAGAGAAACUGUAUUUCCAUGUGUGUUUUAUACGUUCCCAAUGAUUAGAAAUAUAUUGAUAAGAGAAAACAUUCAGAUUGUUCAUGGCCAUGGAAGUGCAUCUGAUAUUGCUCAGGAAGCGAUUCUACAUGCGAAUUCCAUGGGCCUAAGGAGUGUGUUUACAGAUCAUUCCUUGUAUGGGUUUGAUGUUCUGGGGUCUGUUCUUUUAAACAAGUUAUUAAAAUUCACUUUAGCAAGUGUCGAUAGAGUAAUUUGUGUCUCUAAUAUCUGCAAAGAAAAUAUUAUGUACAGAACAGGUUUUGAUCCAUCAAUUUAUUCAGUGAUACCGAAUGCUGUAGUUGCAGCUGAUUUUACACAGCCUACACCCGAAGAACAAGCCAUCAAGAAACAGAAUGGAAGAAUUACUAUAGUCUGCAUCUCUAGAUUGUUCCCAAAUAAAGGUUGUGAUUUAUUGGUUAAAAUACUUCCUACAGUUUGUAAGAUGCACGAUGAUGUAGACUUCAUCAUGGUCGGUGAUGGUCCAAGAUUUAUAGAAUUUCAACAAAUGGUUGAAGCAGAACGUCUUGAAGAAAGAAUUACUUUAUUAGGAUCCGUACCACAUGAACAUAUCAGAGAUGUACUUUGUAAAGGUGAUAUAUAUUUACAUGCAAGUUUAACAGAGGCGUUUGGGACGGUUCUUGUGGAGGCAGCCUCCUGUGAUUUAUUAAUUGUUACUACAAAAGUUGGUGGUGUACCAGAAGUAUUACCUGAACAUAUGACUGUCUUUGCAGCCAAAACAGCAGUUUCAAGUAUAAUAGAAGCCACGAACAAAGGAAUAGAACUUAUUAGAUCUGGUGCGGUAGAUACAUCAAUAUUUCAUAAGGAACUAGUGCAAAUGUACGAAUGGUCAGAUAUUGCACGCAGAACAGAAAAAGUUUACUAUGCUAUUUACAAUAGCCCUAAAAAGAUAAGCAAAGAUUGGACAGUAAUGCUUAAAAGACUAUAUACACACCAGGGUUUCUGGGCUCGUCACUUGUACAUACUUUGUGCCAUUGUAGAGUUCUCACUAAUUCUAAUCUUUGAUUUUCUGUACCCUAGAGAAGACAUAGACAGAGCACCUAAAUGGCCUACCUUCAAGGAAUACACUGAAAAGGUGGUUGAGUUUUACGAAGACAUGGAACACAUCGACACUAAUAAUAAUGAUAGUAAUAAUACAGAUAUAUAG